AUUACGGAAGUAAAGUGGGCUUGGAAUUUUAUGAUUGGGCUUGAGUUGCUUUUCCAAACGGACCAAGGUCUUCUUUCUAAGGCGAGCCCAAGUUCAAGUUCAGCAGAAGCCCAAUUCUCUGUUUAGCUAACUACGUACCGGUUCCCUCCGCUAUUCUCGUCGGAGAAUCGACCGGAAGCGAAAGGCAAUGGGCAGCAUAGAGCAACACUUCCCAGUUCCUCACAGAAGUUUCUCAGUCGAAAUUAAGUCAAGUUCUCUUGCUUGGGAUACCGGCCUCGUCGGGUAAUUCCCUUGUAUGGAAGCUCACGCUACGCUAAUUUUCUGGUUGUUUCAUGUUCAGCUUAUGGCAUGUGGUUUAUGCAAUCUGAAUUCAUUUCCGGAUACAAUGACCAUAUUCUUGUAAUUGCAACUCAAAUAGGAACCAUGGGGACAAUGCUACAAGCCAGGAAGGAAGAGGGAAUGACAAGUGAGCCAACUUUCCACGUAUCGGUGAUAUUUGGGAAGCGAGAUGAGCCUAUGCUAACAGCAUGUGCUCGGCAACUGAUUGAACACAUGAGUAGUUCCGGGUCAGCUAGGCCAUUGGUUCUCUCUCUGGGUCUUAAAGAUCACUCAAUGGAGACACUGAAAGGAGUUGUAUCUUCUGUACUGGAAAAUCGAAUUUGGUAACAGGUGGAGCGAUCAACGUAUAUGUCACUGUUCCAAACUUGCAGCAUUUGGUUAGACUGAGCCACUGCCUUUUUCUUGGAGAUCCUGCACUGCGAUUGUUUCUUCAAGGAUUGGGACACUUGAAUGUUUUGAUGAUGUAAUGGUUGAAGUUGUAUGUAUCAUCGUCGUUUUGAACAUCCAGUUGAAGCAUUUUUCAAUAUUAUUCCAGAAAGAGAUGGGAAAUUGAUACAAUGGGGAUGAUCUUGGCUGGAUGAUGGUUGAAGUUGUAUGUAUCAUCGUCGUUUUGAACAUCCAGUUGAAGAAUUUUUCAAUAUUAUUCCAGAAAGAGAUGGGAAAUUGAUACAAUGCUUCUCUUGCAUUUGCAAGCAAGCUGCAGCAUACGGGGCAGAGGUCAUAGUGCUGAAUACACUGUUAAGAGACAUUCCUUUGCAGGAGUGCAGUUGACUCCAAAGCGUGGGAUGUUCAGAACUCACAAUUGGGGUCAUUGUUCGGUGAGGGCAUCUCAUGAAUAUCGAGUUUGAUAUGAGGCUGUUCUGGAAUCGAGUCACAUGACUCGCAUCCAACAACAUUGGCUGUAUCAUCAUACAUGCUUAGUUGAACCAUGCACGUCUCAACAUGACCAAAUAAGCUCGAUGAUAUUCGUUGUUUUUAUCUCACCAAACAAUUUUCAUCAGAAUUGAAACUGGUUAUAUUAUUUCAUGAUCUACCACCUAAUAAGGUGCAGCUUAUUACA